AUGUCAAGUAAGAGUUCUCAUAAACUUGUUUUAUUUUUUGCAAUAUCUUGUCUUCUUCUUCAGGAGAAAUGCACUGAAGCAAGCGUAUUGUGCAAAGAGAGUGAGAAAAAAGCGCUACUUGAAUUUAAGCACAGCCUUCAAGCCAUGGAUUCGUCAGGCUACGAUGCCCUUUUCUUCUGGGAAAGUGAGGACUGCUGUUCUUGGCUUGACGUCGAAUGCAACAGCCUUACAGGAUACGUCGAAACGCUCGAUUUUAGCUCGGAAUAUUGGGUUGUAGCAGGUACGAUUAGCCCUUCACUGCUUAAACUACAUCAUUUGACUUCUUUAAAUUUCAACAGUAUUGAUUUUAAUGGAAGUCUCAUCCCAGAGUUUUUUGGUUCCUUGAAAAAAUUGAAAUUACUGGAUCUCUCUAAUGCUAAUUUUAGAGGUCCAAUUCCUUCUCUACUUGGAAAUCUUUCAAUGUUGGAGACUCUUAGAUUGGGUGGCAACGGUAGGGUUUUCAAUGUUGGAAAACUUGAGUGGCUUUCCCAUCUUUCUAGUUUGAAAGAGGUUGAUCUCAGUUUCACUAACCUGAGCAAUGCCAAUGAUUGGUCUCAAGUCAUUAGCCACCUUCCUUUGCUCCAAAUACUAAGUCUAAGACAUUGUGAUCUUCCAAGCAUAUCUUCUUCAUCACUUUCUCUUGCCAACUCUUCUACAUCGCUCACCUAUCUCGAUCUCUCGGAUAAUAAUCUCCCUUCUUCUGCCAUAUAUCCAUGGCUGUUUAAUGUUAGCAGCAACCUUGUUUCCCUUAAUCUCUCAAGUAACCAGUUGAAAGGUCCAAUUCCAGAAGCUUUCGGGAACAUGAUGGCUAUUCAAGAACUUUAUUUGAGUGAUAAUCUUUUGAUAUUAGCUGAGAAUCAAGUUAGGGGAGAUUCCGUGUUGAAUGAAAUCGGAAAACUACCAGAUUUGAGGGUUCUAGAUCUUGGGUACAACCUUUUAAAUGGAUCCAUAAGCAAAAGCAUUGGACAACUUUCCAACCUGCAUGUCUUGCGGCUUGCAGGGAAUUCUUUUGAUGGUAAUGUGAUUUCUGAAGCUCAUCUCUCAAAUUUCACCUAUUUACAGGUGUUGGAUUUAUCGUUCACUUCUUUGACUUUGAAAUUCAACACCGGAUGGAUUCCUCCUUUUCAUCUGAGUCAAAUAAUGCUUCGCUCUUGCAAGUUAGGGCCUCGUUUCCCAGAUUGGCUUCGGACUCAAAUGGACUUCCUAGAGGUUUUGGAAUACCUAGAUAUUUCUGCUUCAGGAAUUUCGGAUUCUCUUCCCUACUGGUUUUGGGACCCAUUUCAGAGAUUAAGUCUCUCAAUUUGCAAUAUUACUGAUGAAAGCUCUUUGGCAUUGCUUGAUCUCUCAAAUAAUCAAUUUUCUGGAGUGGUUCCUGACUGUUUUCACAGUUUCCGGUCUUUAAAAGCUUUGAAUUUGGGUGAUAAUAGUUUCUCAGGCUCACUUCCAAGCUCCUUAGGAUCUCUGACUUCUCUUGAAAUGCUAAGUUUACGUGGUAAUAAAUUCUCAGGAGAGUUACCUUUAUAUUUACAGAAUUGUACAGACUUAAAAUUCCUGGACUUGAGUGAUAAUGAAUUAUCAGGAGAAAUACCUCCGUGGAUCGGGCAGCAGAUUUUAUCUUUGGUUUUUCUUAGCCUUCAAAGGAAUCAGUUCAGGGGAAGGAUUCCUCAACAACUUUGUGAAUUGAAAUAUCUACAAAUCUUAGACCUCUCUGUAAAUAAAAUAUCUGAUUCCAUACCACCGUGCCUCAAAAAUUUCAAUUCCAUGGCAAAAAAAGUGAGUUUAGAUAGAAGGAUUGAGCUUCACCUGUUAGAUAAACCGUAUGUGGAAUCGUUGAUUGAUGUUAGGUAUGUUGAUGAGGCAUUGAUUACAUGGAAGGGAACAAAGCAAAACUAUCCACAACUUGGACUGCUACUAGCCAUUGAUCUCUCGUGUAACAAAUUAAGAGGAGAGAUUCCUGAAGAAUUAAUUAGUCUUCAAGAAUUGGUUGCAUUGAACCUGUCAAGAAAUUUUUUUACAGGAAAAAUUCUUCAAAAGAUUGGGCAUCUAAGACAACUAGAGGUGCUUGACCUGUCAAGAAACAAGUUUUCAGGAAACAUCCCAACGAGCUUGUCUGAAUUAACAUUUCUAAGUAUCUUGGACUUGUCUUACAAUGACUUGUCUGGAAAAAUUCCAACUAGCACUCAACUACAGAGCUUUGAUCCUUCAUCAUUUUCCCAUAAUAGCGGACUUUGUGGUCCUCCUGUUUCACCGAAUUGCUCAAUGGUGGAACCACCUCCUGGCAAACCUGCAGUAGGAGGUGAAGAAGAUUCUGAUGAUCAGUUCAUGAAAUGGUUUUACAUUGGCAUGGGACUUGGAUUUGUUGUGGGUUUCUGGGGGUUUUGCGGUGUUGUGUUCUUCAAGCGUUCAUGGAGGCAUUCAUAUUAUCGUUACUUGGAUAGUGCAAAGGAUUGGGUUUAUGUUUCAUUUGUUUUGCUCAAAACAAGGUUAGUGAGGAGAAUCAAAGGUCUGAUUAGAACUGCAACUGAAGGUGAUAUUUCCUGA